AUGAACGACCAAAACGACUCGUCUUAUGAAUCGGACCCCGCAAACACCUCGAUAGAUGGCGCGCCCUACUCUGUUCCGGCUACAGAGUACUCGACGGCUUGGGCAUGCGAGUGGACUAACCCAGAGUUUGGUAUAUGCACCGAAGCAGAUUUGCAGUGCCUACGACACGUCAACUGUUCGUAUCUGUCCUCGGGAAGACCACCAACGCUGCUUGCUCUGAAGCAGCAUGCUCAGGCUCUUACGAAUCUCAUCAAGAAGAUAUGCGUCAGCAAUACAUUUGGGGUCGUUGAUGGAGGGAACAAACGACAGCUAGCCUUUGAGAAGGAUGAGGCGUUUGACUGGUUGACAAAUCUCGAUAAACCCUACACAAACGAUGAUGAAAGCCACCAUUUGCCUCUAUGGGUCGUAGCAAACCAGAUUGAAGACGAGGAUGAGGAGAUGGGAGUUGAGUGUCACUGCCCUCUCAAAGUUGCAAGAGAUUUCGGGCCUUUGGAUGACAGCAAAAGUACACGCCGACCGUACAGCAGUCACCACAAUCUGGUAAUGCAUGCAAAUGCCUGUCUCGAACUUCUGGAUCACGAAUAUGGCGCAACAGGAGGCCUCCUUUCGCUGCUCCCAUCAGGGAGUGAAGAGGAUCAUGAUCAAAUGCAGAGUGCUCGUAACACCAUCCUGGGCCAGUGGCUGCUUCAUCACCAGCACUUGAUUGCACGUAUGCAUGAGCUCGAAAUCAACUACGGAAUGGGCCAGGACCUCCUCGCAGGUGAGGCCGUCGUGCCCAUGCAGAUGCUCAGACGCCUUAGCCCCGAAGAACGAGCCAAAGGUCGUGAGCUGGUCCACGCUCAAGACCGCUUUGUUCUGGCCAACGCUGGCGACGAUGUCUUUGAAAUGCUUCAUCGCUUGAUGGACAAGGCUGAGUCGAAGAUUGAAGAGAAGGAGAAGAUAUGGUGGGAGUCUGGAGCUAGCGGCGAGCGCAUGUGGAUGGAGGAUCGAGGCGGCGAGUAUUAUUCCCGCGGCUUGGUUCCUGUCGACCUCAUGACGCGAUUUGUGCGUCUCAAAGAGCAUGGAGAUCGGUCCACCAUCUUCGUAUUGCCAGCAAUCGAGCAGCAUCCGGCCAUGGCUCGAACACGCGAGAGGGAGAGCCAGCCAACGGUGGUCUCGGUGGUGGCGCCAUCUUGGCCAGAGCGAGUAUCUGACAUCGAGCAGCGCGUCAAUGCUCAGAUGGAAGAAAAGAAAGAGCUGGAGGACGCCAAUCGUGCACUGACCAGAGACAAGAUGGAGAUGGAGGCGCAGAUGGCCACGCUUUUGGCCGAUCUGCGCAAGACGAGAUGUGAAGUCAGGUUUUACGAGGGCACGUCGGAAGAGGGAACGAGAGGCAAGAUUGUAGCUGAGAUGGCGGCUAUGAAGCGCCAGAUGGCCAAGCUGAGAGAGGCGCUGCCCCAGGAGUAUCACCAGCUCUUGGAGGCGGAGGCUGAAGCUGAAGACUGA